UUUCAAAUAUGGUAAAUGACUGAUAAAGGUAAUUUAUCGCAAAGUCGAAGCCAAGUAUCUUCAAGCACCAUAAAGAGACUUUCCCUAUCUUUAAAAAGAGCCUUAUUAGGAGUAUCCGAUAAUCAAAGAAGGAUCAAGGCUAACGACAGAAAUUAUAAUUCACAAUUCCGUUAUGCGGAUAAUUACAUUAAAACCUCUAAAUAUUCAGUGUUAACGUUCCUCCCAUUAAACCUGUUCGAGCAGUUCCAACGUCUCGCCAACUUUUACUUCUUGUGCCUUUUAGUAUUGCAACUCAUCCCGGCAAUUAGCAGUUUAACACCAGUCACCACGGCUCUGCCUCUCAUUGGCGUCCUCGGAUUAACCGCCAUCAAGGAUGCCUACGAUGAUUUUCAACGUCACAUGUCCGACUCACAAGUAAACAAUAGAAAAUCUCAAGCAGUAAGAAACGGAAAACUCGUACAAGAACGAUGGUCUGCAGUUCAAGUUGGUGAUAUCAUUCGAAUGGAUAACAACCAAUUUGUAGCCGCUGAUAUCUUAUUACUUACAACUAGCGAGCCAAAUGGAUUGUGCUUUAUCGAAACGGCAGAAUUAGAUGGGGAAACAAAUUUGAAAUGUAGACAGUGUCUGGUGGAAACGGCCGAAAUGGCGCAAGACGACGGCUUGAUUAGCCAAUUUGAUGGUGAAAUAAUAUGUGAACAACCGAAUAAUCUCUUAAAUAAAUUCGAAGGUACACUCACCUGGCAAAAUAAGCAGUAUUCUCUUGAUAACGACAAGAUUAUUUUGCGCGGCUGCGUUUUACGUAAUACUCAAUGGUGCUAUGGAGUCGUCAUCUUCGCUGGGAAGGAUACAAAGUUGAUGCAAAACAGUGGAAAGACCAAAUUUAAGAGGACUAGCAUCGAUCGUCUACUUAAUUUCUUAAUCAUAGGAAUAGUUUUCUUCCUAUUGUCAAUGUGCCUUUUCUGUAUGAUCGCGUGCGGUAUUUGGGAGUCGCUGGUCGGCCGUUACUUCCAAACGUUCCUACCCUGGGACUCUCUAGUGCCUUCGGAGCCGCUGGGCGGCGCCACCAUAAUCGCGCUGCUCGUCUUCUUUUCGUACGCGAUCGUACUUAACACGGUCGUGCCGAUCUCACUUUACGUUUCCGUCGAGGUGAUCAGAUUUGUGCAAAGUUUCCUCAUUAAUUGGGACGAGCAAAUGUACCAUGACAAAACCGGAACUCACGCGAAGGCGAGAACGACGACGUUAAACGAAGAAUUGGGACAGAUCGAGUACAUUUUCUCGGAUAAAACGGGGACUUUAACGCAAAAUAUUAUGACGUUUAAUAAGUGUUCGAUUGCGGGUCGAUCGUUUGGUGAUGUAAUUGAUAAAAAUACGGGUGAAAUUGUGGCGAUUACGGAAGACACGACGCCGUUAGAUUUUUCAUGGAAUGUUAAUUUUGAACCGGAUUUUCGAUUUUACGAUCGCAAUUUAACUGAAGCUGUUAAACAUAACGAUUCGGAUUGUCACGAAUUUUUUAGGUUAUUGGCGCUUUGUCAUACGGUUAUGUCGGAAAAUCGUGAUGAUAAAUUAGAAUAUCAAGCACAAUCUCCUGAUGAGGCUGCCCUAGUUUCGGCGGCAAGAAAUUUUGGUUUUGUUUUUAAAGAACGUUCGCCAAACAGUAUUACAAUUGAGGUUAUGAAUGCGUUGGAAGUGUACGAGUUGCUUUGUAUUUUGGAUUUUAAUAACGUCCGGAAACGAAUGUCGGUUAUUUUGAGAAAAGAUGGAAAAUUGAGGUUGUAUUGUAAAGGGGCGGAUAAUGUUAUUUACGAAAGGUUAAAACCCGGGAAUGAAGAGAUGAAAUUAAGAACACAAGAACAUUUAAAUAAAUUUGCUGGGGAAGGUUUGCGGACUUUAUGCUUGGCUUAUCGCGAUUUAGAUGAGGAAUUCUUCAAUGAUUGGAAACAAAGGCAUCAACAAGCGGCUCUUUCACUGGAUGAUCGCGAUGAAAAGCUCGAUAUGAUUUAUGAGGAGAUCGAAAGGAAUAUGAUUUUAUUGGGUGUCACUGCCAUUGAAGAUAAACUUCAAGAUGGGGUUCCUCAAACCAUUGCAAAUUUAAUUUUGGCUGGGAUUAAAAUUUGGGUACUUACUGGAGAUAAGCAAGAAACUGCUAUAAAUGUUGGAUAUUCUUGCCAACUAUUAACGGAUGACAUGAUCGAUUUAUUCAUUGUGGACGCUUCAAGUUAUGAUGAGGUCCAACAACAACUGUUAAAGUUCCGUGAUAACAUCAAAAUAGUCCACAGGUACCAACCGCGCAGUCCAAAUAAUCCCGCCGCGACCAACGGAAAUAUGAACGAAUCGUCGACACGAAACGGGAACGAAAUGAUUCCCGGUUCGCCACCGCACGCUCCCGCCGUUAGCGUUGUCACUUUCAGGUGGGACGAUGAUAUUCAAUCAGUCAAUUCAAAUUCUCCGGCAAGUACUGAACUUGAAUAUCGAAGUGGAACCCCCGAUAAUAAAACGGAAGAUUCCGGCGCUGGAUUUGCAAUUGUAGUUAACGGACAUUCUUUGGUACAUUGUUUACACCCGCAAUUGGAACGACUAUUUUUGGAAGUUGUUACCCAAUGCCGAUCGGUUAUUUGUUGUCGGGUGACGCCGUUACAAAAAGCACUUGUAGUUGAAAUGAUCAAAAAGCAUAAGCACGCGGUUACUUUGGCCAUUGGGGAUGGAGCCAAUGAUGUUUCAAUGAUAAAAGCUGCACAUAUAGGAGUAGGUAUUUCCGGUCAAGAGGGGAUGCAGGCCGUCCUCGCUUCGGAUUAUUCAAUAGCCCAAUUUCAUUUCUUAGAGCGACUCUUAUUGGUGCAUGGUCGAUGGUCUUAUUACCGGAUGUGUAGUUUUCUACGUUAUUUUUUUAAUAAGAACUUUGCGUUUACGUUGUGUCAUUUUUGGUAUGCUUUUUUUUGUGGCUUUAGCGCACAGACCAUAUUCGACCCAAUGUAUAUAUCCGUCUACAACCUCUUUUACACUUCAUUACCAGUUCUGGCUGUUGGUAUUUUUGACCAAGAUGUGAGCGAUAAGAACUCGAUUCUUUAUCCUCAGUUGUACAAACCGGGCCACAUCAACUUAUUUUUCAAUAAAAAAGAGUUCCUAUUGAGUGCUUUACAAGGAUGUUAUGUAUCGUUGGUUUUGUUUUUCGUUACAUUCGGAACUUAUUUCGACGCUGUGGCGGCAAAUGGACAAGGAUUAUCUGACUACAUGUUAUUUUGCAGUGUUGUAGCAACAAUUUUAGUCAUCGUAAAUACUGCACAGAUCGCUUUAGAUACUCAAUAUUGGACCGUAUUCAAUCACAUAAUGGUUUGGGGUUCAUUAGCAUUCUAUUUCAUGAUGGAUUACUUUUACAAUUACGUAAUCGGCGGUCCGUACGUCGGCUCGCUCACAAAAGCCAUGUCCCAAUUGAACUUUUGGUUCACGACCGUCCUCACUGUAAUCAUUUCGAUAAUGCCUGUACUUGCGUGGCGGUUCUAUUUCGUCGACGUGUUCCCAACGUUAACAGACCGAGUCCGUCUGAAACAACGCCUAUUACAAAUGCGAUCGCGGCAGAGCCAAGACGUCCUUCGAACGCCAUCUACAAGACCGGCUCGACGCUCGAUACGGUCCGGAUACGCGUUUGCGCAUCAGGAAGGUUUCGGACGAUUGAUUACUUCCGGGAAGAUUAUGCGGAAAUUGCCGAAUACAGAUUUUUCGAUUCCCGGGUUGGUUAAGAUGAUUAAUCCUGGCUCGGAAGGUAGAGGGCAUAAACAUUCGAGUGUCGUUCCGGUGGGGGGAGGAAGCACGGCGACUUCCGCUUUGGAUGUAGGACAUAGUUCGGCCGGAAGUAGUAGUAGGGCUCCUAUACAAGAUUUGGAUACGAUUAAUUUAUAACGAUUAAUGAAAAAGAGGUAAGAGUAAUAACGAAAGGAGAGUGAAGGUAAUUUUUUUUGUUGUUAAUUUUAUUUCGGAGGAAUUCUAAACAAAUUCUUUAUUAUUAAUCGUACAAAACCAAAAAAAAACAAGAAAAAUUUUCUUUUUUAAAUUAGAGAAAGUAUAGGUCCCUAGAAAUAAAGUUUAAUGAAAGAAAAAAACUACUGUAUAAGGUACAAAGAUAUCAUGCACUUAAUCGCAAUUAAAUUAAGUUUUUACUAAUCAAAUAAAAGGAAAUAAUUGUUAUUACAAUGAAAGAAAUUGGUUUAAACUAAAUAAAAAGAGAAACGGAACCAGAUAACAAUAACUGCACAAUAUAAAGUAUGUAAAAUUAUUUUGUUUUUGUACUCUAUUAGAUAGUAAAAAAGGAGAGUGUUUGAAAAAAAAUUCAACAAAAACAGAUUAUGAUUUAAUAGUAACAUAAAAAAAUAAACUCUUAAUAAUA